CCUGACGGUCCGCUUCAUCAUCUCAUCCGCCCGCCCGCCCAUUCCUUGCCGCCCUCCCUUGAUUAUCCCUCUCUCCCAUCCCCCUCCAUUUGACGGCAAUCCGCCAAUUCAGGGCGAUGACAGACCCACCGUCAGCGGCAGCGGCGGCGUCCACGUCAUCACCGCGUCCGCGACCACAGCGUCCCCCGAGCUUGCCGACUGGCACGAGCACGACGUCGCACGCCCUCCUCUCCCCUCCUGCGACGCCUUCCUCCCACGCUCACACCCACAGCGCCAUGUCCACCUCAUCAUCACAGGAGAACCCCGCCCACUCGCAAAACACAGGACGCAUCGCUCUCCACCUCAUUUCACCGCACAGCUACCCGUCGUCCUCUUCCUCCUCCGCGCCCCCAUCCGUGCUCAGCGCCAAGCGCAAGCACACCAUCCGCCGCAUCAAGACGGCCGUGCGUGAUCACUGGCCUGGUAAGCCUGACCCAGCGGGGAUCAGGUUGAUUCACGCCGGAAGGAUAUUGGGGGAUGACGAGGUGCUAGGGGAUGUGGCGCGUGAGGGGAGGGAGGAGGUUUACCUGCAUUUGGUCGUUAGGCCUGAUGCGUGGAGUGAAGGGGAAAGGGAGCCGAUCACGCCAGCAAGGAGAGGCGUGACGACGAAGCCUGUACGAACGGCGGCUACCACCACCACCACCAGCCAAGGCGGGGACGAAGGGCUACUGCGCCCUCAAGUGGAUCCACUCGAGGGAUCCUCCUACUUUACCCUCCCACCCUCUGAGCCUCCUACGACCCUGCCUUCCUGGGCUAUUUUACCGGACUCGCCCCGUGUCAUCACCCUUCUCUACCAGCAGUACCAUGCUCGCUACUCGUACCUCUACGAUCUCCACGUGGGCAUGAACAAAGAUGAGGCGGAACAACGCCGCAAGGAGCGCGAGGUCACUCUGAUCGAGGUGGCGCCGAGUGCUCGCAAGGCGCUGCUGGAUGUGGAGCUGGUGGUUUUUGAUUGGAAGCCCAUCGAGGUUGGAGCGAGCGACGAGAUGCGACAAGUCCACGCGAGAGUAGAGACUCUACUUGCCGCUCUGGCGGAAUGCAGUCAAAGUCAAGUCAAUCCUGCUGCACCCCUGCCCAACGCCAAUCGCCAAGCACAGCGCCUUCCCUCUCAACAGCACGCCGCCGCCCUCCCUACCCGCGACCAGAUCCCUGCCCCUACGGCGCCCGCGCCUACGCCCACGCUCACCGAGCUCACGCGUCUCUACCUACCCGUCCUCUUCCUCGCCAUCAAGCUCUUCAUCCUCCUCUACAUCUUUACGCGCGGCCAAUCCACGCCCAAACGGUUCGCUAUGUGUCUCGCCGCGGCCGGAUGGGUAGUUUGGGAGGCAGGCGGGGUGUGGAGACGAAGGGAGAGGAGAGAGAGAAGGAGGCGAGCAGCAGGUGCCAUACCUAACCCUCCAGGCGCAGACGCAGAAGAACAGCCCGCACGUCGUCGUCGUGCGCGCACUUCGACCUCCUCAUCCACGACGACGGGGGCCGCCUCCUCCUGGAGUCACCCACUCACCCCUUCAGCCCCGACUCGCCGCGUUGUACGCUCCUUCUCCGCCAACCCGGGCAAGUACAUCGCACAACGUCUCGCAUACCUAGGGCUCGAGGCGGAGGAUCGCGCGCUGGGGUUUCGUCCAAUCGACGAUGCGCAGGCACAACGUUGGGCUGUUGCGAGAUUGCGUGAAGGCGAGAGAGGCACGACGUCGCCAUUCCAUACAAGGCGACACAGGAGACGUGGUGCUCCGGCGGGAUUAGCUGGGAGAGUAGACGAGGCGACACAUUGGGCUCGAUGGCUUCUCCUCACCCCUUCGACCCUCCUUCUCCCCCUGUACCUCUACUUCCUGACCCUCCUGCCCCGCCUCGAGGAGAUGCGAGCAGACGAACUGCGCAGGCGUGAUCGCGUGCUGGCACGCUGGUGGAACGGACGUGGGAGGGCUUGGGUCGAGGCGAGCCGGGUGCAGCUGAGGGGCGGGGGCGAGGGCGAGGGCGAUGGCGGGGGCUCGUCGGCAGGACAGGGCCAGGCAGCAGGAGGAGGAGAAAGUCCCGACUUGCCGCUCCCGCGCAUCCUCUACCACCCGUACGUGCUGCGCUACCUCAAGUUGCGGGAGGACGAGGAUGGCCUUGUGAGCGCGCUGGAGGGGAGCGAAGGAGGGGCGACGGGAGGGAUUGAUGUAAUGGAGGAGGUGAGAGCGCAAAGGCGUGCUGCUGCGCGUCCUAGAAGGGCGGUGCCCCAAGAGAAUGAUGAUGCAGCGGCGCAAAGACGCGCGACUGCCCCUGUCGCCCACGGUGGGGGCGGCGUAGCUGGAACCGGGCCUGAGACGGCAGCAGAUGGUGAGGAAGCAGCGCCUCAAGCUGCUGCCCCUCAGGCUCAGGCUGGCGAGGAGGAGCUUGCCACCACGGAGGACGAAGAGAGUAGUGAGGGCAAUGAGGACGAGGAGGAGGAGGAUGAGGCGGAUGUGGAGGACGAUCUGGGAUUCUUUUAGAUAGCCGCGUGCGUGCGUGCUUGCGAGUGGCGAGUUAUACUUCAUUCAUUGUUACCAUCCUUUCGUCAUUAUCUUUUCACUCGAUAGACCUUCCACGAUUCUUUGAUUGGGCGGGCGAAUAGGCGGCGUUACUCACGCCUUGCUGCGUCGUCGAGUCGAGUUGGUUGUGGGCUACGC